UAAUUUGCUAAUAAAGCGUUCCACUUAUAAAAAAGGCGGCGGCCGCGCUGGCCACGCCCGGGGGGCAGGCGGCCGUCGGAUGCAUCCGGCCUUGACCCGUCUCGUUUCCCUUCUCCCGUUGCGAGAAAUAUCCUCGUGACUCUCUCCCGAGUCGUCGUCGUCCUGCUCCUCCUCCUCGGCGGCGUCGUCGGAGAUCCGGGGGCCGGGAGAUGGCGAAGGGGGGAGGAGGGGGGAUGCUGCUGCCGGUGUCCGGCGGGGACGCGGGGAAGGGGGCGGGCGGCGACGAGGCCGCGCUGUUCAAGGGGUCCGCCAUGACCCGCCGCGGCGCGGUCGCGGCGCUCUCCUACAUGUCCUGCUCCGUGUUGCUAGUGAUGUUUAACAAGGCAGCUUUGUCCUCAUAUAAUUUCCCUUGUGCAAAUGUCAUUACGCUUCUUCAGAUGGUGUGCUCAACAGGGCUUCUUUAUGUUCUGAGGCGGUUAAAGAUAAUUUCAUUUACAAAUAGUGACCCAUCAGUGCCUUCUGAUGCCCUAUUCUUCGUUCCAUUCAGAAUACUGUUGCGUACUACACCUCUUUCUCUGGCUUAUUUACUCUAUAUGUUAGCUUCAAUGGAAUCUGUGCGUGGAGUGAAUGUUCCUAUGUAUACAACUCUGAGGCGCACAACAGUAGUCUUUACAAUGACAAUGGAGUAUUUCUUGGCGAAGCAGAAGCAUACACCGCCUAUAAUUGGCAGUGUGGCAUUGAUUGUAUUUGGAGCAUUUGUUGCUGGAGCUCGUGACCUAUCAUUUGAUGCUCGUGGGUAUGCCAUUGUCUUUGUGGCCAACAUUACAACAGCUGUUUACCUUGCUACUAUAAACCGUAUAGGAAAAUCUAGUGGACUCAAUAGCUUCGGCUUGAUGUGGUGCAAUGGACUUGUCUGUGGGCCUUGUGUACUGUUUUUGACAUAUAUUCAAGGAGACCUGAAGAAGACUAUAGAAUUUCCUUACCUUUACUCCCCUGGGUUUCAGGCGGUUCUGUUAUUCUCAUGCAUGCUAGCUUUUCUGCUAAACUACACUAUCUUCUGGAACACAAUCCUGAAUUCUGCACUCACACAAUCAAUGUGUGGUAAUUUGAAGGAUUUCUUCACCGUUGGAAUUGGCUGGGUUCUAUUUGGCGGGCUUCCUUUUGAUCUGCUUAAUGUUAUUGGGCAAGGUCUUGGCUUUCUUGGCUCUGGGCUGUAUGCCUACUGCAAGAUCAAAGGGAAGUAGAUACGGAUGUCCCGUGGGGGUCAAAGGAGAGUAGAUAUUGAAGUUUGUUUUGGAGGGGCCAGUGUGUCAUACUGAAGUAGAGUUCCUGCUUUUUGCUCCUGCAUAUGGGAGAGAAAUUUUGUAGGUUUUCCUGUAUGUAUUAUACACUUCAGUCCUCCUGAAUACAACUUCGGGUGAACAGCCAUUGUUUAACUCUUUUACGAGGAAAUAGAAUAUAACAAGAUU